UGGACUUAUAGGAAUGAGUGGUCACAUGAAUGGAACAACGUCCUUGUUAGCUAAUUCAACCCUGACCACUACCAAUGGAUUGUCAUCAAGCGUAACAGUUGAAACGGAUAAUAGUAGUAAAAAUGUUAUGGGAUCGACCUCCAUCACCGAUGGUAACGCUAAUUCUACUAACAAUAAUAAUGCAUCAAGCUCAGUCACUCCCACGUCAAUUGUGG